AUGGAUAAGUUGGAAGCACUGAAAUCGUUUGUUCAGGUGGUGGAAUCUGCAGGGUUUGCCGCCGCGGGUCGUCAGCUUGGGUUGUCCCGCUCGGUGGUCAACAAGCACGUCCAGCGCCUGGAAGAUGAACUGGGUGCGCAACUCCUGCGCCGCAGCACCCGAUCAGUCACCCUGACGGGUACGGGUGAAGGAUUUUACCGGCGAGCGUUGAGCCUGCUGGCGGACUAUGAAGAUGCGGUGAACGCGGUGCGCGAGCUGCAGGAUGAGCCGACUGGCGACUUGCGUAUAAACGCGCCCAUGUCCUUUGGUACGUUACAUCUGUCGACGCUGGUGGCGGAUUUCUGUGCUGCGAAUCCCCACCUGCGGGUUGAGCUGGUGUUGAACGACCGCUUUGUUGAUCCACUUGAAGAAGGUUUUGAUAUCACCCUGCGUAUCGGUGAAGUACCGGUAUCGACCAGCCUGGUGGUGCAGGAAAUUGCCCCUUCCAAUAUGGUCGUCUGUGCUUCUCCAACCUAUCUGCAAACCCACGCUGAACCCGCUACGCUGCAGGAUCUGAAGCGACACCGAUGCCUGCAUUAUGGUUAUCAGGCUUCCGGUUCAAACUGGCGUUUACAGGUGGCCGGCAGGAUACAGGCGGUGCCGAUUAACUGUGUGAUGUGGUCAAACAACGGUCAGGUUCUGCGAGAUGCGGCGAUAGCGGGUAACGGAAUAGUGCUAUUGCCGACAUUUAUUGUGGGUGACGCGUUACAGAAUGGGCAGCUGCGUACGGUGCUGGUAGAUACGCCGCCGGUUCCAACAAGUCUGCUUGCGCUUUAUCCCAGGCAUAGGCACCUCUCAACCAAGGUCAGGCUCUUUGUGCAGGCCUUGAGUGCGCGUUUUAAUGAGCGGCCGUACUGGGAUCUUGUGAGCUAG